AGGCAGAGGCUCCUCGCUGCAGAACAUUUGAAUCUCAGGACAUUCAGACAGGACACUGAGAGAUUCCACUCAGCUUUCCCUUCCACUCAGGACAAGGAGCCUAUAGAGGCAACCUCCCCAUAUGGAAUCCGAGCAUUCCUAAACAUACACAGAAGGUGGCAGUCCAGUCCAGGUGACAGGACACUGCCGGUACAUGUCAGUGGCCAGAGCUUUGUUUCACCAGGUUGUUUCCAGAUAAGAUCAGAAGUAAUCUCCCAGUUUCGAUACAGGCUGUUGCAUCAUAAAGAACUUUCUCUAAGAAGCCAGACAGUAGUUUGUACUUGCAAGCUCACUCAUUAGCUUUCUACCAGUGAUUAGCUUUUACCUGAAGAGGCAGGAGUGGCAGCUGGAGCACCUGGUGAAGCUCGCAACUGGGAGGGAUCCUUAAGGACUGGGAAGGCACAAAAAUGAAAUGGGAGACUGCUCUCUGGAUGGUUGCCUGUUUACUGUUUGCGUCUCUGCCCAGAGGUCAACCAGACACAACGUGCCAUGCAUUCGUUGGAGAAACCGUCGUUUUGCCUUGCACCACCACAUCUCCUGGACAGCUGAUCCUUUCCGAUUCAAUGCUCUACUGGCAGAUAGAGUCUGUCGUAGUGCACUUUUUUCACAAUGGGCAGGAUUCGCUGGAGUCCCAGGACAAACAUUACCAGGGCAGAACUAGUCUUUUUUCGGACCAGAUGAAGCAUGGCAACUUUUCCUUAAAGCUCUCCAAUGUCCAAUUAGAGGACACAGCUGUAUAUACCUGCAUCUACAAACAGACUGGGGAUCAUCCCCACGAAACACAGAAAUCUAAAAUUACACUCUCUGUAUCAGCUCCAUCUAGCACCGAGGAGCCUCCUUCCCCCUCUGGACACAGUCAGAUUUCCUCCAGAAGCCUUGCUGAUGCACCGUGUCUGGCUAUGCUUCCCCUCUAUUUCCACCUCCUGGUCACACUGGGGGUUUGGCACUUAUGACUGGGGAAGCCAACCUUCUCUUUUGAAUUUUCCCUCACCAGAGGACCUCGCUGGGCAGAACAGCUCUGUAGGGUUAGCAUGACAACUGUUCCAGAGCCACGUGAAAGAAACGCUAACAGCUGACAACAGACCUAGCACUAGGUGUUUGUGUCCUGCAUUUUGGUGUUCCACAAAGCCAAAGGCAGCAAAACUCAGAGGUCGCAAGUCUGCUUUUUUAUUUGUUUCUUGGAGCCCAGUUUUAGUGUUGCCGGUAUCAACAUUUUAUUUUGGAUUUUGAGGUGUUGCUUUUAAACAACAGAAUAAAAGACUCACAAAAUUACAAGGCCACAUUAUAAUUGACCCUAGAGGGAUCUUUUGCCUAAGAUCUCAUCUGCUGUCCUUCAAGAGAAUUGAAAGGAGGAGAAGAGGUAAUUACUCUUUGUGUCAGACAAAAACUGGAAGCACGAAGGCGCUCAUAUUUUGUGAAACGUAAGGACGGAAACCUUGUGAAACUUGAGCCUGUGGAACUUUAGCUUCUGUUUUUACUCUUAAGCGUCAUGGGCUAUCAGUAACAACUUUUUUUUCCACAAGAAAUGUAGUAUUUCUUCAGCGGAAGGGUGAAGCUGACAGAGAAAGAUGUUGGAAGUUCAUAAAACAUCAACAUAGGGGAAGGAAGUGAUGUAUUAUUACAAAAUCCACUUCUAAAUAAGCCAAAAGCUUUAGAAAGCUGAAUUCAGUGUUUUCGCUUUUUGUCAAGAAACACAGCAAAGUAAAUGUGGUCACUGUGCCAAAGCUGGAUUCUUAAGCUGGAACUGUGCGACAAGAAGUUGUUACUGUGACAACAUUACUUCCUUUAAAAAUGGUGCCUUUGGAGGAAAAAAAGAAUUAAAUAACUGAUACCUAUGCAAAUUAAACGGGUUUAGUUUUGGAAAUGCUCCGUUCAGGUAGCAUAGAUGUCCUAAGAUUGAAAGGAUCCCGUACGCUAACCAUAUCCAGAAAGUACAGAAGUUUUUUUUCGGGCCAGAGCUGCUGUAAUCGCCCUAUUACGGAACUGAGAAGUGUCUGGAGGACUACUCACGUGGGCUGGUGAAAAGCAGUGACUGAACCGCACUCCUGGGUGAGCCCUGGAGCAGAGGGAAGUGACUCAUAAGGACGCCCAUAAAGUUGUUUUGAUUUGGAACAAUUCCACUCUCUUUCCAAAGGAAAGACAGGAUUGUUUUUGCAAGGAAGGGAACAGAAUAAAAUAGAGAUGAAAAUGGUAUCCAUUGAAGUAAAGGAGAUAGUUACCUUUGACUUUCUUAACAAAGGGCCCUUUCCCCAUGGUGGGGAAGAGAGACAAAAUCCCAUGCACAGCCCCUGCUGCUGCUGCAGUGAAGCUCAGUUGGUAUGUAGGCUACCCUGGGUAGAGCAGCUUAGCGCAACGGCUAG